AUGUCCUCCCGAUCGAUCUCGGCCUCCUCGGUCAUCAUCGAGGAUUCCGCCAUCCUGAGCCCGCAGCCGCAUUCGCAGCAGCCAGAUCAUGAGCCGAGCCAGUUCUCCGGUGACACCGGCAGCUCCCUGGUCCCCGGGUCGAGCCAGGGCGCCAAGAAGCGCUCGACCCAGGCCUCGCGCGACUCGGUGAUCUGCCUCAACUCGGCCACCGGCGCCAGCGGGACUCGCAUUCGUUUGGAGGACAUCAGCUCCACUCGGACCACGGUCACCAUGGUGAACACCGACGAUGCGUACCAGCUCGAGCCGCUGGGCGUCCAGAAGACCCAGAAGAAGUCCUCGACCGGCAGUGGCGACAGCCUCCGCCAAGAGCAGCAGCCUCUCAUCGACUUCGAGAAGAGCUACGUGGAUGUCGAAUCAUCCAGCUUCCUGAAGCUCAAGCGCUCGACGCGGGAUUUCUACUCCAACCAAAACGACGAGAUUGAUAGCUUCCGCCGCUUGCAGGACCUCAACCUGGACGAUGAUCCGCUGGCCGCGCAGAAUGCCCACUCGGAGGCCGAGGCGCGCAAGGCCCGCAUCGAGCGCCUUGUCACCACCGUUGUCCUGGUUACCAAUGUCCUUCUGCUGGCCAUCCUCCUGACGGCGGUCAUCAUCUCCGGCGCCCUGUCGCUGGUGGCCUCGGUGAUGGACGCCGCGCUGGAUCUCCUCAGUGGCGCGGUCAUCAUGCUGACCGCGCGCGCCAAGCAGAAGGUCAACUUCUACCGGUAUCCCCAGGGCCGCGAGCGCAUCGAGCCGGUGGGGAUUCUCGUCUUCUCGGCCAUCAUGGGCACCUGCUCGCUGAUGCUCAUCGUCACGGCCGUUCAGCUGAUGGCCGGCGAGGAGCUGGCCCCUCCGGGGCUGGACUGGCUGUCGAUCGGCCUGGUGCUCGGCGACAUCGCCGUCAAGGCCGGCCUCUACCUCUUCUGCAUGUACUAUCGCAAGGAGACCUCCCUGGCCGUGGUCCUGGCCCAGGACCAGCGCAACGAUGUCCUGGUCAACUCCGUGGCCCUGGGCUCGGCCGCUCUCGGCACCUAUGUCUGGCCCUACCUCGAUCCGAUUGGCUCGAUCCUCAUUGCCCUCUACACGGUCUACAACUGGGGCUCCACCUGCCUCGAGCAGAUCACCAUGCUGACGGGCCGCAGUGCUGAGCCUGAGUUCCUCAAGCAGCUGACCUGGAUUUGCGUCAACCAUGAUGACAAGAUCGUGGCCAUCGACACGGUUCGGGCCUUCCACUUCGGUACCCGGUAUCUGGUCGAGAUUGAUGUGGUCCUCCCGCCGGCCAUGCCGCUGGAGGAGGCCCACAACAUCGGCGAGGCCCUCCAGCGCAAGGUCGAGCGUCUGGAGGAGGUCGAGCGCGCUUUCGUUCACCUGGACUACGAGUUUGAUCACCAUCCCCAGAGUGAGCACAAGACCUGGGGCGCCAACUAA